UCGUGGGUUUGCCUGCUACUAAGAUUAGCCAAACCCACGGAAUGUCAAAGGUUACACCGUCUGAAUAAAUACAGGUCAUCUGGCACCAGACGGGUGUCACAGACUAUCCAGACCUCCUCUGCCUCCAUUUGGGAGUAUCUCUUGCUCACUUCAUCCAAAGACACGAGUCAAGAUGCCUCACGCUUACCCAUUCCUCACUCCAGAGCAGAAGAAGGAGCUGAGCGAUAUUGCUCAGAGGAUUGUUGCCCCUGGCAAAGGCAUUCUUGCUGCGGAUGAGUCUACAGGUAGCGUGGCCAAGCGGUUCCAGAGCAUCAAUGCUGAGAACACCGAGGAGAACAGGAGGCUGUACCGUCAGCUUCUGUUCACCGCAGACGACCGCGUCAAGCCCUGCAUCGGUGGCGUCAUUCUCUUCCACGAGACCCUCUACCAGAAGACCGAUGAUGGCAAACUUUUCUCCCAGCUCCUUAAGGAGAGGGGCAUGGUAGUUGGCAUCAAAGUGGACAAGGGUGUGGUUCCCCUGGCUGGCACUAAUGGAGAGACCACCACACAAGGUCUGGAUGGGCUGUAUGAGCGUUGCGCUCAGUAUAAGAAAGAUGGGGCGGACUUUGCUAAAUGGAGGUGUGUGCUGAAGAUCACCCCCACAACUCCUUCAAGACUGGCCAUCAUUGAGAACGCCAAUGUGCUCGCCCGUUAUGCUAGCAUCUGCCAGAUGCAUGGUAUUGUGCCCAUCGUGGAGCCUGAGAUUCUGCCUGAUGGUGACCAUGACCUGAAGAGGUGCCAGUAUGUGACCGAGAAGGUUCUGGCUGCUGUGUACAAGGCCCUGUCAGACCACCAUGUCUACCUGGAGGGCACUCUGCUCAAACCCAACAUGGUGACCGCCGGGCAUUCGUGCUCCCAGAAGAACGCCCCUCAGGAGGUUGCCAUGGCGACUGUCACAGCUCUUCGCCGCACUGUUCCUCCCGCUGUGCCCGGUAUUACCUUCCUGUCUGGAGGUCAGAGUGAGGAGGAGGCCACACUCAACCUGAAUGCCAUAAACCAGUGUCCUCUGCACAAGCCCUGGGCUCUGACUUUCUCCUACGGUCGUGCCCUGCAGGCCUCUGCCCUCAAAGCCUGGGGUGGCAAGAAGGAGAAUGGCAAGGCCUGCCAGGAGGAGUUCGUAAAGAGAGCUCUCAACAACAGCCAGGCCUGUGUUGGGAAGUAUGUGUCAUCAGGAGAUAAGGGUGCUGCUGCUGGAGAGUCUCUCUUUGUGGCCAACCAUGCCUAUUAAUCACCAGGAAGCCUUUUACAUUUCAAUCCUCAUCUUAUUCCUAAAGAAUUAAUGAACCUGAACGCAUCAUUUGACCCAUUCCCUUAUUCUUUCUAGUGUUUGUUACUUCCAUGUGUGAAACAAAACUAUGAAACUAAGAGAUAAUACUUAAAAGAAUAAUGGUAAUUUAAUAAUACUGUUUUUGCCCUAAUCUGCUCCCCUCUUCCUCCUUUUAGUAACACUCCCAUGUGUUGUAAUGUUUAUCUCUCUAGAGAAACGUUGCUCUUGUACUCGUAGUACUUAUAACUGUAUUUGACUUGCACAAAGCACAUAUACCUUUUAGUGGUAUAUUAUUAUUAUUGUUGUUAUUGUUUAAUAUGAUACACACUGGGGAAAAAUAACAUUAAAGUAUCUUUCACAGCUAA